AACUUGUAAUUUGAUUUCAUGCGCUUACCUCUUCUGCAAAAGCAUUUUCUCUAGCGUGAGUUGCAAAUAAUAGUUUGCAAUAGUGCGAGUAUAAUAUAAACCUAAACACAACGAGGCUGUAAAAGCGGACUAGUGAGUAGAUUAAUUCCAGUGUUCGGCGUGAUGACGUUUAAUGUCCUCGACAACCUCUGUAGUCUUAUUUAGCCACUUGUUAGCAACCGCCUUUUCUGAGAUACGUAAGGGAGAAUAACGUUAGUACCGUUGCCUUUAUUCAAAUUGGAUUUAUCGGCAACGUUAACUUCAAUUAAACAAGGCACCUUCACUGUUUUGUGAUGGACUCAUCUGACAACGUGGGGAACCUCAACCACAUGGUGGAGGCUGUGGCACUGGAUGAUGGUCCUGCUCCUGACAGCUCCACCGGACAGAAGGAUACCUCACCUGCAGACAUGCUGAGAAUAAAACAGCAGAUGUCCAACCAGUGCUUUGAGAUGGCAGUACAGCUCCAUGCAGGAAAAAGUAAGAGAUCAUGCAGCAUAUCUGAAGCUGAGAGAGACUUGCCAGAUUAUGUCGAUGAGCUGGAAAGAGUCAAGACAAUUAAUUUUAACAGCACGUUGACACUGCACAGAAUGCAGAUGUGGCAUGCUAUUGGAGAAAAACUGAAAGAGAAUGAUUCAGAGGCAGAUGUCCUGAAAGCUGUGAGCGAUCGCUGCAUGGCUCUUUGUUCACGCAUAAAACAACUUCAACAAGAGUCAAGAGAUCUUCAAGAUGAAAUCACAGAAAUACAGAAGAAGAGGCUUGAGAUGAAGCGGCUCACACAUGAGAAAAUGAAAGAGACAGAAGAGUUGAUGUCCAAGAAAGAGCACCCAGACACAGAGAAGUUCAAAGCCGCGUUGGUGAAAGGCCAGGCGAACAUGGAGAAAUAUAAAAAGAUGGCCAUCAUGACACAGAAUGUCCUCAGGGGCAUCCUCUUGGCCUGUAAAGUCAACUGGCUGGAUGAUCCCAAACUUCGAGACCUCGCCAUGACACUGGAGGAAUUUCCCAUCUCUGACUAGAGAAUGAAUCCAUCAUAUUUAUAUGUUUCUAUAUUGUAUCGUCUAAUAAAUAAUCAACAAAACUGUUAAAA